AUCAAACCCAGUUCCACCACUCCUGCCGUGCUCGAUUCUCAUCAUUGUCGAUCACACGAUCCGCCAUGGACCCUGACUCACCAGACGGGGUCAAAUCUCCCAGCAGCGACCCCAAACACCCCAAGAAGCUCAUCUUCGCCCCCGGCGACAUCGAGACCCCCAACACCGACGGAAGCCAUGGGCAACCACCGUCCAUUCCUCCUGCUGCUUUGCAAGACGAACCCGAAGUCGAGAUAGCCGCCGCCCUCCGAACCAAUACCUCGACGCCGACCUCCGCCACGGAGAAGGACCUCGUGGCGCACGCGGCGCGCGCCCACCAAUUCGUCUCUAACCCGCCCCUCACCGUCUCCCAACUCCACCCGACCAACCCCUUGCACCAGUUCCACUCCUGGUUCCGCGACCCUCGGCUGCUGCCUUCCUCCGCACCGGAGACGUGCACCCUGGCCACGGCGUCGUUGCCGUCCGGGCGGGUGAGCGCGCGCGUCGUGUACCUGAAGGAGCUGGAUGAGCGGGGGUGGACGGUGUAUAGUAACUGGGGCAGUCGGGAGGGGAAGGGCGGGGAUGUUUUUGGUCGGGGCGGCGCUAGUGAUGUCGACGGUGAAGGGCCGCGCGCGAUCCCCGAGCCGGCCGCGGCGGAUGAGAAUCUCCAGGCGGAUUUUGCGGGUGGUGGCGGGAACCGCUGGGCGGCGUUGACCUUCCUUUGGGCGGGACUGGAGCGGCAGGUGCGUAUCGAGGGGUUGGUGGAGCCGCUCUCGCGCGAGGAGAGUGAGCUGUAUUGGCGCACGAGAGAGCGCGGCAGUCAGAUCGGGGCGUGGGCCAGCUGGCAGAGUAAGGUGCUGUGGCAGGCGGAGCCGGAGUUACUGCUCGAGCGGCGCCGGAACAGUCUGGACCCCACGCUGCAUCAGGUGCCGCGCAAUGUCGAGGAGCGGGAUAUUGAUGACGGGCGGAAAUUGUUGGAGGAGCGGGUGCGGGAGGUGGAGAGGCGGUUCGAGGGCGUCAAGGAGAUCCCGCUGCCGCCUUUCUGGGGGGGAGUGCGCCUGGUGCCGGAGUCGGUGGAGUUCUGGCAGGGCAGGAAAAGUCGCUUGCAUGAUCGGUUCAGGUAUGUGAGGGUUGGUGGAGGGGAUCAAGAGGGGUAUCGGUGGCGCAUUGAGCGGUUGUCACCGUAGGGGAAGGAGGUGUACUAGAUGAGAAAGAGACGUGCAUUAGAUGUCAGACGGUAAGCAUCCUGUUCUGUAGGAGGAGAUCUUGGCUGCUUCAUGGUGUACUCAGUCUACCUAGAAUUGACUUCUAUCUUUAUGA